AUGUCAGUAAAUAAAGUACGAAGUGGUACGUGGAACGCUUAUGGCAGAUUUUUCUUAGAGCUAAAAAUAUCAACGCCCAAAAUCAUCUCAAGAAAUGGUAACCUUAUACUUGAAUCAGCGAGGGAUAAAAAUAUUACAUUACGAGUGGUUGGGAACGGACGUAUUUUAAUAAAUAAUGUUGAUAUUUCAACAAAUAAAAUCGUAAAACCACCGGUAAAUACAUUAGAUUUUAACAAUAAUCAACAAAAUUCUUGGAAUUUUAAUGAUGAAGAUGAAAUAAAAAAAGUUUUAAACACUUUUGCUUUAAAUAUCACUAAAUUAAGCAACAUAACUACACAACAGAAACUUCAAUUACGACGUUUACAAACUCGAGUAUCUCGAAUAAAUAGGGAUUUUUUGAAUUUAAUUAACAAUUUGAAAGCCAAUAAAUGCGUUGAUGGACCCUGCAAAAAUGGUGGAACUUGUAUACCAAUUUACAAUAGCUUCUUAUGUCAAUGUAGUGCAGCUUGGCAGGGUGUUACAUGUGAAACUGAUGUCGAUGAAUGUUCACAGUUUUUGAAAACUCCUAAUUUGGGUUGCCAAAAUGAUGCGUGGUGCGAAAACACUCCUGGCGGAUACAAUUGUCGAUGCAAAUCAGGCUACUUUGGAGUACAUUGUACAGAAAAGGAAAGAGAUUGUUUAAAAGGAUCUACUCACGAGCUAUGUGGAAAUGGAGUUUGUCUUAAUACCAAAAAUGGAAUUGAAUGUUUAUGUGAUCAAGGGUGGAAAAAACACGAAGUCACUGGAGCAUGUACCGUAGAUAUAAAUGAAUGUGAAGCUGAUAUUAAUCCAUGCCACUCAACAUGCAUUAAUGUGCCAGGGAAAUUUUAUUGCGGACCAUGUCCCAAUGGUUUUAGUGGAAAUGGCUUUGUUUGCAGUGAUAUAAAUGAAUGUGAUAUAAACAAUGGUGGUUGCAGUCAACUUGCGAAAUGUGUUAAUACGUUUGGGUCAUUUCAUUGCGGUAUGUGUCCUCCUGGUUAUUAUGGAGAUGGGCGAACUUGCGAACUAUCUGAAACUAAUUCAUGUGAUUCACUGGGCUAUUGUUCGCCUCAUGCCAAUUGCCGCAUCAUAUCUGGUGUCCCAAUUUGUACUUGUAAGAUAGGCUACGAAGGAAAUGGGCAAAUAUGUAUAGCAACCAUACCGGAGUCAAAUCCUUGUGCUUCAAAUCCAUGUGCUCCGAAUGAACGUUGUGAACGACUAUUAAAUUCAGGAUAUAAAUGCGUUUCGUAUUCUUUAUGUUUAAAUAAUCCAUGUAAAAAUGGAGGAACUUGUAUAGAAAAAGGGCAAACAUUUGAAUGUGCAUGUGCUCAAGGCUUCAAGGGACGCACAUGUUUGACGAUUGACAAUGGUAUGUGUAAUAAAGUUAUAGUCGACGAUACUGGGACUUUGGAUUUGAUGAACUAUCCCCCCGAUUCAAACUGCUACUAUAUUCUACAAACAACGCUGGACAAAAUUUUGAAUGUUACUUUUAAUAAAUUUAACUUGAAUAACAGCACAGACUGUUCGAGAAAUUUUCUACAGUUGCAUAAUGGUAAAAAUUCUGCUGCACCAGGCUUUGGACGAUAUUGUGGAACGCUAUUUCCAAUGAAUGGUCAAUUUUAUACAUCACACAAUUUUCUUUAUAUAUGGUUUAAAACAGAUUCUUCACCAUCAAAUCCUACACUUGGCUUUCAAUUAUCAUGGGAGUCCGUCAACCCAGUUUGUGGUGGCCAAUUUACCUUUGAAAAUAAUUUAAAAUUGGCCGGUACCAUAUCUUCACCAGGUUGGCCAAGUAUGUCUCCACCGAAUCGUGAUUGUUCUUGGAAUUUUUUGGCUCCAAAUGGAAAAAAAUUAGCCUUUCGAAUUAUAGAAAUCAAAUUAAGUGGAACAGAAACUAAUUGCGGUGAUUAUAUAGAGAUUCGAAAUGGAGACGAUAGUACAAAGUUAUGUUCGUCCAGCAUUACGCCUUCAGUUUAUGAAACCACUUCAAAUAGUGCAGAAAUAAAUUUUCAUUCUGACCAGUAUUCCAGUGACAGCGCAUUUCAAAUUCAUUACGAAAUAACAGAAGGGAUUCCCAAUUGUGGAGGUAUUUUUGAUAAAACUCAUGGAUCCUUACAAUCACCGAAAACAGAAGAUCCAACGUUGAAAGCUAUUUCAUGUCAAUAUUUAAUAAGACAACCAGUUGGAACAAGAGUAUUACUUGAAUUUGAAACAUUUGAAAUUCCAGGAUUGUACAAUUGCUCAAUAGCUUCUCUAGAGAUUUAUGAUGGGAGCAACGAAAAUGCACCAUUAUUAAUGAGAAGGUGUUACUCAGACACAUUUGAGCCUAUAAAAUCUAGUGGAAACAAUUUAAUGUUAAGAUAUAAAUAUAUCGAUGGAUUCCCUCAUUCAGUUUACAACGGAUUUAAAGCGAACUACAAACUAUUGUGUGACAAGCAAUUAAAAAAUUCAAGUGAAGCAUUUACAUCACCGGGUUUUCCCAAUCCUUAUCCUAGUGGUAUCACAUGCACUUAUGAAAUCCAAGCUCCAGUAAAUCAUAUCAUUGCUCUUUCAACAGAAGAAUUUUCUUUAAGUGCUGGUAAAUUUCAAAGUUGUGCUGUAUGGGAUAAUGUAGAGAUUUUUACAAGUACUUCAAAUUCUUCUCGAUUUUGCGAUGGGCCAACAGAAAUUCUCUUAUCCAAAAAUAACUAUAUGAAAAUUAUAUUUAAUUCCCUUAAUAAUUUUAAUAAGGCUAAAGGAUUUAAAUUUCGUUAUCAAUUCGAAAAUACAGGUUGUGGCGGCGUGUUGACCGAACUUAAUGGGACUAUUUCAACAAUUAACUCAAGAAUGUCAGAUUACUUCUGCGAAUGGAUAAUAAAAGCACCACCUGACUACAGCAUUAGUUUAAAAUAUAAAAGAAUUAAUUAUAAUAACUUGAAUUAUUCAAAUUGCGAUAAACAACUCUUUCAAUUUCAAAAUUUUUCCAGCGGUGAAACACUUAAAACCGAGAUUUGCAAAUUAUCUCAAGCAAAAGACUUCACAUCUUUUGCCAACACAGUAACUUUAAUUCAAAUAAUUUCAAAGGAUCUUUCAUAUGACGAAGGCUUUGAAGUGGAUUAUGUAAUUUCUGAUACAGAAUGCGGGGGUACGAUUGUGGGGGCGUAUGGAGAAAUCAAAUCACCAGCAUAUCCCAAAGAGUAUCCAAAUAGCAUGGAUUGCACAUGGUUAAUAGUAGCACCCGACGGCCAUCAAAUAGAAAUUAAGCCGCUCAACUUUUCUUUAGAAAUGCUUUCAGAGACUUGUGGGGAAGACUAUUUAGAAAUAAGAAACGGAAAAAGUGAUGAUUCUCCUUUAAUUGGAAAGUUUUGUGGAAAAAAAAUACCAUCAAGAAUACCGUCACAAGCAAACUUUUUACUUUUACGAUUUCAUUCAGAUUAUAGUAUUCGUCAUCAGGGAUUCUUUUUAACUUAUGCACAAACUGCUACUGGUUGUGGCGGAAAUAUAGAUUCGUUUGAAGGAUCAAUACACUCUCCACAUUAUCCAGAUAUCACACAAAACGGAGCGUUAUGUAAUUGGUUAAUAACAGUUUCGGCGGGAUCUAAAAUAACUGCCGAAAUUGUUAUGGACAUUAAUGAUCCUGACGAUUGCGAUAAAAAUAAACUUAUAAUAUAUGAUGGAGGCUCUGUCAAAUAUAAUAAAAUUGCAAUAGGUUGUAAAAACGACACAUUAGAAAACAAAUCAUUGACACAAACAAUAUAUUCUACAAGUAAUAAAUUAUUUAUACGUUUCGAAACAUCUUCUGACGAACCAGCCAGAUUUUUAUUAACUUAUAAAACAAAUUGUACUUCAAUUUUAACCGAUUUGCAAGGACAAGUUGAAUCACCGAAUUUUCCUAAUAACUAUCCGAGAAAUUCAAUGUGCAUAUGGACAAUAGUUUCCAAGAAAAGUAAAUCUAUAACAAUGGUGGUUUCUCAUUUACAAUUGGAAGGUACGCUCGCCGAUUGUUAUUAUGAUCGUUUAAUAAUAACGGAGCUAAAAAAUAACGAAACAUUAAAAACGUAUGAAUUGUGUAAAGAAAAAAGUAAAACUAUAGUUAGUGAUGGUGAUUCCAUAAGAAUCAAGUUUUUUUCCGAUUAUUCUAAUAGUGCAAAAGGUUUUCGAAUAGAAUACAAUAUUGAAACAUGUGGAGGUUAUCUCAAGUCACAGAGGGGUUUAAUUCAGUCUUUUAAUAGCCCAUAUUCAAAUAACAUUUAUUGUAUGUGGACAAUAGAAGCUGAUUAUGGGAAUGUAGUGCAAUUAAAUGUUAGUGCAAAUUAUGGGCUUGAGAAUUGUGAUUGGAUAAACGAAGGGUUACUGAUUUCAAAUGACAAAACGGGAUCUGAUAUUAUUACAAAAACUUGUGGAGCUAAAAAUUUUAAAGUUGUAUCUCAUGGAAGAUUAAUGUACAUUUAUUUUAUGACGAAUGAAUUUCAUAAACAAAAAUAUUUUCGAGCAUCUUAUAACAUUCACAAACAAACUUGCGGUGGAAAUGUACUGGUAGAGACUGAUGUAAUACAUUUGCGCUCUCCAAAUUUUCCUUUAAAAUAUGAUCCAAACACUGAUUGCGAAUGGUCAGUGACUAGCACUUUCAACAAAAGAUUUCAAAUUAAUGUGCUAUUUACCGAUAUUGAAGAAAGCAUUUUAUGUGCUAAAGAUUACUUAGAACUUUUUAAUUCUAAUGACCAAAACGAAAAUACUUUAAUUUGGAAAUAUUGUGGAAAUAAUAUUCCUAUUCUAUCACAAUUUAACUCUACUACACAUAAAAUGGUUAUAAAAUUUCAUUCAGAUAAUUCAACUGAAAAAGCUGGGUUCAAUAUCGCUAUCAAAAGACUUUGUGGAGCUAAUAUAGAAGGAGCAACACGUGGUUUAUUGACUAAAAAACUAGACGAAGACAAUUGUGAAUGGAAACUAAAAACUUCUAAUAAUGUUUCUUUUAAGGGACAAUUUGCAAGUCCACAAUAUCCUUAUCCUUACAAACCAGGAUUCGAAUGUGAAACUACUAUCAAGGUAUCAAAAGGGAAUAUAAUUCAAAUCGUAUUUUCAAAGUUUGAUUUAGUUAGCUCUGACCAUUGUAACGAGGACUACGUUGAAAUCAGGGAAGGUGCGGUCAAUGGUAAAUUUGUGGCUGUAUUAUGUGGAAAUGAUAUUGUUAAUAAAACUUAUGAGUUGUAUGAAUUGGCUUGGUUGAAAUUUAAAAGUUCCUCAACUUCUGUGGGGGGAGCAGGAUUUUUAGCACACUAUGAGUACAAAAGGGAUGUUGAAAUAUUUACAGAACAAGUUGGUUCAAAGGGAACUAUAAUUAAUCCGCCACUUGAGAAUGUUAAUGAAGAAGUUGAUCCGUUUAGCUGGCGCAUAAUAACUGAUUUGGGAAAAGUAUUAGUUUUUGAUUUCAAAGAAUACUCUCAAGGAUUACAGUUUUACGAUGGGUUUGAUGGAACCGCGGGUGAAAAGAAAAUUUCUCAUUCGCCUCUUACUUUAAUAUCUACAUCUAAUUUUGCCUAUAUAGUCGCUGAAAAUUCAAAGCUGCAUCAAUUUUUAAUUGAAUGGAGAUCUGUCGAGAAAGACGAAAUAGCUGAGAAUAAAACAAAAUGUGGUGACAUCAUUGAAAUUCCUCAAAAUGUUGAAAAAAAUUUUUCCUCUCCAAACUAUCCCAACCCUUACGAAUCUAAUCAAAAUUGUGAAUGGAUAUUUAAACCAAAAAUGCACACUGAUCAUGUAGCUUUAGCAUUACAUGCAGCUGAUUUAGAAGUUACUCCAGAUUGUUAUGCUGACUAUUUAAAAAUUUUUAGUGGAGAAGAUUUAUCGAUAUGGAUUGAAGAAAAAGUAGCUUGUAACUUGACUUUCAAAUCAACACCUUAUUUUGUAGUACAUGGAAAACCUUUUCUAAAAUUAGUUCUGCGUUCAGAUGUAUACAGUGAGGGACCAGGUUUCACAUCUAUUGUUACAUCAAAAUGUGGUGGUAUUUUGACUGAAUCUGCUGGUUUUCUUGAUUGGAAUGCAAUGCUGGGUGAUGUAACUUGUGCUUGGAAAAUAAAAGUACAAAGAGGUCGGAAAAUCGAAUUUAAAUUUGAUUUUAGUUUUGAAACAUUGUUCUACAAUUCGGGAAACGAUAAAUGCGAAGAUGCCUAUGCAGUGAUACGUAAUGGAAUAGAUGAAGACGGUCCUAUAAUGCAACCGGGAAGAAUUUGUUCUAAUGCAAAUUUGGAGUUUGCAAAUUUAACUACAAUUUCAAACACAGCUUAUGUGAAAUUCCAAAGAAAACCCAAUUUAAAAAUACCUUGGAAAUUAUCAUACCGAGAGCAUAAUGAGUGUGGGGAUGAAAUUCACUUGAACCUAGAAGUCAAUUCAACAACUAUAGAAUCACCAAACUAUCCUCAAAUGCCACAUCCAUACGCUGAAUGUACUUGGACUUUUACUUCACCACCUGCAACAACAAUUAACGUCCAGUUUACGGAAUUUGUCACACACGGAAAUCGAAUUAAUUGUAUAGACGAAUAUAUUCAAAUUCGAGAUGGCUCCACAAACUUAGCUCCGCAAAUAGGUCGUUAUUGCAGAAAACCUACGAAAAGUAUAGUUGCUCAGUCAUCAAGUAACAAAUUAUUGAUAAAGUAUUUUGCAAACACUUCAGAACCUCUUGAUAUAUUUAUUGCUUCAGUUUCAAUUGCUAAAUGUUUUACUUUAGUCGAAGGUUUCUAUUUUGGAGAAAUAAAAUCAUUAAAUUACCCAGCAAAAGGAGGUUAUAUUCCUAAUUCUGAAUGCAUUUAUACAAUACAAACAGGAAACUUUUUCAGGGUUAAUAUUACUAUUGUUGAUUUAGAUUUACCUUUUAAUUCUUCAAAUCUAAAUAAAAGUGACCAUUUGGAAAUAUCAGCUGACGACAACGUUUCAAAACAAGUUGUUUUAUUGUACGGUAACGAUACAAGAAAAUUUUUGGAACUGUUUGGAAACAUUCGAAUAACAUUUUUUACUUACAACGCACAAACACAAUAUCGUGGUUUCAAGCUAACAUACAAACGGCAAAGUGCCUGCUUCCAAAAUAUACACGCAGAAGAAGGUGAUUUAACAGCCCGUAAGAGUUUUAGAAAAUUCUUUAAUUGCCGCUGGCAAAUAACUGUGCCAAAAGGUCGAAUAGUAAGAGCGAAAAUAACUGAACUUCAAUUAACAUCGCAAACAAGAUAUAGCAAUCAUAAAAUUAGAUUUUUCAACGAUUUCAGUGGUAAAUCAAAAAUUAUCGAAAUGACAAAUGCAACUGCAGAUUUCGUAAAUUCUACGGAUAAUCGAAUGUUAAUCCGACUUGAUGGUGGUUAUCCAAGCAUAGUUUCAUCAAUUAAAAUUAGUUUUGAUUCUUAUGGAAUGUCAAACUGCAUACCUGAUUUUAAUUUAUCCGCAAACGUAUUACAAACCCAUUAUGUAUCUGUUUCGAAUCUGCCAACUAAAUACUUUUGUUUAUCGAAUAUUAUGUUAAAAGAUGGUGAAACUAUUGGAUUUCGUUUAAAUAACCUACUACUGUUGGAAUCUAAUGGAACCGGAGCACCGAUUUCUAUUAAAACAGCAUUUACUAAUUACAAAACUUUUAUGGAAAAUAUAACUAACUAUGACAUAGCCCUAUCUAGAAAAAGUGCAACAUUGGAAUUUCAUAAUUCUGGAGAGUACAAGAUAUUUAAUUUCGAAAUUUCUGUAAUGAAACAUCAGUGUGGCGCUGAAUAUGUAAAUUAUGGACAAACUUAUUUGUUCACAUUACCUAUUAAUGUAAGCUCAAACUAUGGUCGUAUUGACUGUGCUUGGACUUUUAAUUUCAAAUAUUAUUUCACAAAUAAAAAUUUAACUUUUGUAUCUAACUUUGAAUUUACCGAUUGCACCAAAGAAUAUCUCGCUAUAUAUAAUGGAGAACUGCCAUCCGAUAUACUAAUCACAAAACUUUGCGGUAACAACAGUUUUAAUUUCGUACCAGAUGGAAAUUACCUACUUGCACAUUACCAUUCAGAAAAUUUUACAGGAAAGUCAAAAUUAAAUGUGUCACAAAGUUGGAAAAAAGAGUGUGGUCGCGAUAUUAUUCCAACCCUACGAGGUGCAUUAAUUUCGUUUGAAGCGAAAGAUUAUGAAAAUAAUUUAGAAUGCAUUUGGACCUACCGUGCAAAAGAUGGCUUUAGUGUAGCUUUACAGUUUUUCGGCAGAUUUUUCAUCCCAUCAAAUCCGAACUGCACGGAUGAUUAUUUAGAAAUUAAAAGGUUAUCAAUAGAUAAUAAAUGGAUUCAAUAUCCGAAAUUUUGUGGACGGGAAUCUCCUGUAACAAUAAAUUCCACAAGUUCGGUGUAUGAAAUAAAGUUUCGUAGCGACGACAAAAUUGUUGGCGAUGGAUUUAACAUUAAAUUCAUUGAUUUUUGUGGGGGAGUCUAUAAUGUAACUGAAAAUAUACAAACAAUUAAAAGUCCUGUUGAUUGGUACACAUCAAGAUAUCAAAUCAAAUGCAAUUACACUUUAGUUACCGACAGCAAUAACAUUAUAGUAGCAAAAUUUAGUAAAUUCAAAGUUGGUUCCGAUGCAUCAGGACGAGACUGUUAUUAUUCAAAACUUUCGGUUUACUAUGAAAAAGAUUAUUCCCAGAAAAAAAUUGGAGUAUAUUGUCAAACUAAUCCUUUGAAAAACGAAAUUAGAACUAAGAAAUAUAUCACAUUAAUAUAUGAAGGACAGCUAUAUACCGAUGAUUUUUCUUUUGAUUUCUACAUCGAAAGUUGUGGAGGAAAUGUAACUAAACCAACAAGGAUUCACAGCCCUAUGGAUGAAAAUGGAAUAGGAUAUCCUGCUCAAAUGGAUUGCAUAUGGUUAGUUACGGCUCCACCAAAUAAAGAUAUACAGAUUCAAUUCAGCUAUAUAUAUUACGAAAACAAUUACAAAUGUAUGGAUGACUACAUUGCAAUUUAUAAUUCAACAGAAGCUAUUGAUUCAUUUAGAAAAUUAUUACUGUGUGGAAAUCACACUGGUUCUUCAAUCCCUAUAACAAAAACUUCCGGUAAUGCAUUGAUUGUAACUAAAUCAGACUCAUAUAUGUCAUUUAAAGGAUUUGCUGCAGAUAUAUCUUUUAUUCCUAAAUGUGAUAAAUUUCUAAAUUUAACAGUAGAGAAAAGUUCUCACAUUGAAUUUGACUACUAUUUCAUGAAUGGAAACUACGAAAGUAAUCUUUUUUGCCAGAUAUAUUUUACGACAAGCCCCGAUUUCCAAAUACUAAUCGAAUUCAUGGACUUUGACGUGAAGGACUGUGCACAAACACAAAAUUCCAAUCUAACUUUAGAUAUUGAAAGAUGCAAAUGUGAUUAUUUAGAAGUAUUUGAUGGCCCCAACACGUACCAAAAAUCUUUAGGGAAAUUUUGCGGAAAUAGUUCACCAAAAAUAAUUCAAUCUUCAAAACAAUAUUUAACACUUAAAUUUAUCACUGAUAAUUCAAUUGCCGGUACUGGGUUCAAAUAUGAAGUUAAAAGGAAAGCAAACAUAUGCAGUACGCGAAAUAUCGAUUUAUACGACAAAAAAGAGUAUAUUGUAACAUCACCAAAUUAUCCGGAGUAUCCACCAAAUACUUACUGUGAGUGGCGCAUUAACACCAAUUCAAGUUUUCAAAUUAAAUUCGACAAAUUUGAUUUAGAAGAUGUGUCUCCCUUAACUGGUAUUUGUAAUGAUUAUCUGGAAAUAAUAAGACCGUACACAGUCAGCCAAGGAAAUAUUGAACAGGAUAUAGUAUAUUGCUCAAACAAAAUUCCAGCAAAUGUUAAUGUAUAUGCCUCAGAAUAUACUAUGGAGAAAACAAAACUUAUUUUUAAGUCGAACAGCGAAAUACAAAAAAGUGGAUUUAAAUUAAUUAUAAAGGAAAAGGGAGUUUGUAAUAUGACACUCAUUGAAGCUUCUGGAUAUGUGGAAUACGCCGUUAAAGGCAAGUGCCGGUUUAACGUCGAAAUUGAAGAUUCUAAAACUAUGGCACUUUAUUUUGAUAUUAGAAGUUUAAAUACUGUAACAAAAAACUGUUCUCAAACUAUUAAGAUGUUUGAUACGAAAUCCAACGAGCUUUUACAUCAAAUUUGUGUGAAAGAAACAUAUUACAGCUCAUAUCAAGUGUUUUUGAAAUCAAGUAAAGUAACUAUUGAAGCUGAACGUCUGAAUGCUGAUGGAGACUUUGAUGUAGAUUUUUUUUACAUGGGUAAUAGUAAUGGUUUAGGCUGUGGUGGAGAAUUUCAUGGAAUUAAAGGCGUACUUUCUAGUCCAAUGUAUCCUAGUAAUUUUAGAAAUUAUAGUGAAUGUCGUUGGGUUAUAACUGGUCCGACCAACACUGUUAUUGGAAUCUAUUUCAAAGAUUUUGAUAUGGGAUCCAAAAAAAAUUGUCCGUACGACAAUCUACAAAUUAUUGAGGCAUCUCCAAUUCGUUCAAAAGUUGCACUAGAGCUUUGUGGAGGCGAUGACCCAGGUUAUUUCGAUAGCAAAACAAACGAAAUUAUAAUUUUGUACAAGCGAACAGUCAAUUUUGAUGGUAGAGGUUGGCUCUUAGGAUUUGAAGCUAAAGCUGAAUACAAGUCUGGAACUAUCAUUACGUGAUCUGCCUCAUAACUAAAAAUUAUAUAUAUAUCUUCCAAAGUACACAAGUUAAAAAUAAAUAACCUAAUGACUUAAUAACUUAAUAGGUUAUAUAUUUUUAAACAAUAUAAUCAACAAUUAUUUCCACUUGUCAAAAUUAUAACUUGAUUUUAAGCUCAUUAUUUAUAACUUUGAAAUGAAAUACGAACAUGU